AUGGCAGAACCAAAUAAAGGGGAAAGCGACAACGACAAGGAUGAAGAAACAAGGCUUAGGCUCGCGGAAGGUUCCCCGUCAUCCUCUGUCACGAUUGCUGAUGUGUUGCUGCCAAAUACAAAUCAAAGCAGGUCGCAAAGCACUGCCGAUAGAGCAUCAGCCUCAACAUCGGCCUCAACAUCAUCAACAUCACCAUCAUCAACCUCGAAGGGAGACAAAGAAAGAGGUCGAAGAUCCCGACUAUCACAAGCACCGGCAGCUGUUGGAGCACUGGCUAUAUCAGCAGACGCUGUAUCCUCGAGACAACGGCCCUCGAAGGAGCUGCAGCCACAACAACAACAACAACAACAACAACAAGAGGAGCAACAAGGGAAUGGCUGUCAAAUUGAAUUGGGCGACGAUGACAAAAGUGAAGAAAAUGGGACUAUCCGAAGUGGAGAAAAUGGAACUAUUGUGGAAGCUACAGUAGCACCCGAUGUGGAAGCCCUUGUUCAAGAACGACUGGAAGAGGAGCGACAGAAUACUGAAAGCAAUGUCGUAGUCGCAACAGAUGUGGAAGAAAUAUCUACUAGCAAAUGGAAAAGAAUUAGACAAGUUCUGAUCUUGUUUAUUAUCUUUGUGGUAGGGGUGAUCGUGGCAGCUGCGUUGUUAUCAAACAAUUCGGAUCCGGCUCCAGUUCCAGCAACUGCAACAGUUGUGGUGUCCAGCGAAGCUCCGUCGUCGAUUCCCACUCAAAUGCCCACUGAAAUGCCAGGGCCGAUAACAACAAUAUGGCCAUGUUUUCAAACCAAUAGCGAUCUCUCUGAUGCAGUUGGUGACUGGUUUACAUCGACUCUAUUGAAGACAUCAGUCGAGGCGCAAUAUGGUCCGAUCAGGGACUGGUGUUUUGGUGCAGGUGUAACCCGCAUGGAAGCACUUUUUCGAAAUCGCGCUAGUUUCAAUGAAGAUAUUUCGAAUUGGAACGUUUCUACUGUUACAAUCAUGAGGCAGAUGUUCCAGCUAGCUAGUUCUUUCAAUCAAGACUUGUCGUCAUGGGAUGUGCAUUUGGUCACGGACAUGCGGUCUAUGUUUUCCUUUGCAGAAUCGUUCAAUCAAGACUUGUCGUCGUGGGAUGUCUCUUCCGUUACCGACAUGACGGAGAUGUUUGACAGCGCACAAUCCUUUGAUGAAGACCUGUCAUCAUGGAAUGUUUCCUCUGUGACUGAUAUGGACAGUAUGUUCAACGGUGCCAUAUCAUUCAAUCAAGACAUAUCAUCAUGGGAUGUUUCUUCUGUAACAAAUAUGGCUGGUAUGUUGGGCAAUGCACAAUCCUUUAACCAAAACUUGUCACUAUGGGAUGUUUCUUCUGUAACAAAUAUGGGCAGUAUGUUCAACGAUGCAACCUUGUUCAACCAAGAUUUGUCACCAUGGGAUGUUUCUUCCGUUACUAAUAUGGCUGUCAUGUUUGGCAACGCACAAUCUUUCGACCAAGACCUGUCAUCAUGGGACGUCUCUUCUGUGACUGCCAUGGGCAGCAUGUUCAACGAUGCAACGUCUUUCAAUCAAGACUUGUCACGAUGGGAUGUUUCUUCUGUUACUAAUAUGGCUGGCAUGUUCGGCAACGCGCAAUCCUUUAAUCAAACUCUGUCAUCCUGGGACGUCUCUUCUGUGACUGCCAUGGGCGGCAUGUUCAGCAAUGCAUUGUCAUUCAAUCAAGACUUGUCAUCGUGGGAUGUUUCUUCCGUUACAAAUAUGGCUGGCAUGUUCGACAAUGCACAAUCCUUUAAUCAAACUCUGUCAUCCUGGGAUGUCUCGUCUGUCAAUGCGAUGGGCAGUAUGUUCCACGAUGCAAAGACCUUCAAUCAAGACUUGUCAUCAUGGGAUGUCUCGUCGGUCACCAAUAUGGGAAACAUGUUCUUUGGGGCAUCAUCGUUCAAUCAAGACCUUUCAUUGUGGGAUGUCUCGGCUGCCACGAAUAUGCAUGCGAUGUUUCGCAGCAACUCCAUCUUCAAUCAAGACUUGUCGUCAUGGGACGUUUCUUCUGUGGUCGAUAUGAGUCACAUGUUCGAGGGGGCAUCAUCCUUCGAUCAAGACCUGUCAUCCUGGAAUGUUUCGUCUGCCAUUGACAUGGGCUUUAUGUUCCAAGAUGCAUCAUCCUUCAAUCAAAACAUAUCUUCUUGGGAUGUGUCUUCUGCCAUCGACAUGAGCUUCAUGUUCCAAGAUGCAUCAUCGUUCAAUCAAGACAUAUCAUCAUGGGAUGUUUCUUCUUCGAGUAACAUGUCCAAGAUGUUCAAUGGUGCAGCAUCUUUCAAUCAAGACUUAUCAUCCUGGAAUGUAUCUGUUGUCACUGAUAUGAAUGCAAUGUUCAACGGUACAUCAUCCUUCAAUCAGACGCUUUGUGCGUGGGGGUCACUCCUACCGAGCGAUGUGAUUGUUGACUCGGCUUUUUUCGGUUUGACCAGCUGCCCAAUAAGCUCCGAUCCAAACCUGUCGUCGAAUCCCCCAGGUCCAUUCUGUCAUUCAUGUGUCAGCUAG